CAGCAUCGAGUCUUCAGAGCUGAGCUCGUCCUCCUUCAGUUCAGCUGUAAAUACUGGAAUAUUCCCAUCAGUCUACAAAUGAAGACGAGCAUCAGACCAUCAGGAAGAAGAGAAAUCUGCAAAGACAGAGUUUAUUGAAGGACAGUGAGAAGAUGAGUGAUCCAGAACCCUGCAGAAUUAAACAGGAAGACACUGAAGAACUAAUAGAUGUGAUUGAGGAGAGUGAAGAACUGAAUGAAGAUAAGGAGAAACAUCAUGUCAAAAGUAAAGAAAAAACCCAAUCAGAGACUGAAUUCAGUAUUUCAGUGAAAGAAACAGCUGUAAAUAGUUUGACCUGCACUCAGUGUGGAAAGACUUUCACCCGCAAAAGCGGCCUCACUGAUCACAUGAGGAUCCACACUGGAGAGAAACCUUUCAAGUGUCCACACUGCGACAAGAGAUUUAAUAAUUUAAGAAACCUCAAAUCACACAUAAGGCUUCACACUGGAGAGAAACCUCACCAGUGUUCACACUGCGGCAAGAGAUUCAAUCAUCCAGCAGUCCUAAAAUCACACUUGAGGAUCCACACCGGAGAGAAACCUUUUAAGUGUUCACACUGCGGCAAGAGAUUCAGUGUUUCAAGAAACAUGAAAAGACAUGAGAGGACUCACACUGAAGGGAAACCGUAUCACUGCACUGCUUGUGGGACGAGAUUCUCAUAUUUGUCUUCUCUACGAAAACACACAAUAAACUGUCACAAUGUGACGGUGAAGGAGGAGAGUAAAGAAUUGAAUGAAGAUGAGGAGAAACAUCAUGUCAAAAGUGAAGAAAAAACCCAAUCAGAGACUGAACAAAGUAUUUCAGUGAAAGGAACAGCUGUAAAAAGUCUCACUUGCACUCACUGUGGAAAGAGUUUCAGCUUCAAAAGCGGUCUCAAUCAACACAUGAGGAUCCACACUGGAGAGAAACCUUACAAGUGUUCACACUGCGACAAGAGAUUUAGUCAUUCAGAAAACCUAAAAGCACACAUGAGGACUCACACUGGAGAGAAACCUUACCAGUGUUCAUACUGCAGCAAGAGAUUCAGUGAUUCAAGAUACCUGAAAUCACACGAGAGGACUCACACUGGAGAGAAACCUUACCAGUGUUCACACUGCGACAAGAGAUUCAGUGUUUCAAGAUACCUAAAAGCACACGAGAGUACUCACACUGGAGAGAAACCGUAUCACUGCACUGCUUGUGGGAAGAGUUUCACAUAUUCAUCUUCUCUACAAUUACACAAAAAAAUACAUCUCAAUGUGAUGGUGGAGGAGAGUGAAGAUAAGAAGAAACAUGUCAGAAGUAAAGAAAAAACUUUCACUUGCACUCAUUGUGGAAAGAGUUUUGGGCGCAAACGCAUUCUCAUUUUUCACAUGAUGAUUCACACUGGAAAGAAACCUUACAAGUGUUCACACUGCAACAAAACAUUCAGACAUCCAGAACAUCUGAAAGUACAUGAGAGGACUCACACUGGAGAGAAACCUUACCAGUGUUCACGUUGCAAGAAGAGAUUCAGCUGUUCAAGAUACCUGAAAUCACACGAGAGGACUCACACUAGAGAAAAACCAUAUCACUGCACUGCUUGUGGGAAGAGUUUCACAUCUUCAUCUUCUCUAAAAUUACACACAAAACACUAUCACAGUAAAUAAAUCAUCUAAAGGUCCAG